AUGCGCGCGCGCGCGCGCGGCGCCCUCGAGCGCGCCGAACCCUCCGCGCGCGUUUCCCGCGCCGCGCGACGGCGCUUCCCGCGCCCUCGCGCGCCGUCGCGCGCGACAUCGCGCGCGAACGACCGAUUUCGCGACGCGCGCGACGACGACGACGACGACGACGCGCGCGCGCGACAGUUCCUCCGACUCGCGCGCGACGCGCGCGAUGGAUCGUGGGCGCUGCAGAGCGCGACGGUGACGCUGCGGCCGCGCGACGCGAGCGCGCGAGCGACGCGAGCGCUGCGGGUGUGCGCGCUGGUGCACUACGGCGAGGCGCGGUACUAUCGCGGCGUGGCGAAGGACUUCGAGACGCGCGAGAACGACGCGACGCUGGUCGAGCUGAUCACGUCGAGGAAGCACUUGGAAGCGAGCGACGAGCGAGGGCUGAAACUGUGGCGGUUGAGCGAGGCGCUGGCGCCGACGGCGGAGGCGCGAGCGCUGGCGAACGCGCACGGGUUGCGCGCGCAGCUGGACGCGCUGGACGCGAGGGCGCGAGGAUGGUACGUCGCGGACGUGACGCGAGAGGAGUUGAUCGCGCUGCGACGAGAGGCGGGAGAGAUGACGGCGAAGACGGCGGAAGAGACGACGCGAAACGCGAAGCGGAGCGCGGUGUCGAUGGGAGGGAAUCUGCCGCCGGCGCUCGAGGCGCUGGCGGUGACGGCGUUCGGAAGGGCGUCGGAGGGCGAUCCCGCGAGGCUGUUCGCGCGGUUGAGCUGUUGGUUCGUGCCGUGUCCGGAGGCGCAUUUGUUGCUGCUCGAUUGGGUGUGGGCGGGCGGGCGUCCGUCCGAGGUCUUGGGCGCGAUGGUGGACUGUUGCGCGUCGGGUGAUUUAGAAUCCGCGCGUCGCUUGGCGUUCGCGCAGAUGAUCGUGAGCGCGCAAGCCGAGGGGCCGGCGGGCGGCGGUUCGACCGAGCCCGUUUUGGUCGCCCGACGCAACGACGUCGCGAUGGACGGGGUGAACAAGGCGUUCAAGGCGCCCGAAAUCGACACCGUCAACCUGUUGUACGGCGGUUUGCACGUCCCGGGACUCGUGCGGUGCGCCCGCGAGCGUUUAGACAUGGAAGUCGUCGACGUGGCGUGGCGAGACGCCUGGCGCGUGCAACCGCCGGAGAACGCGUCGCCUCUCAGAUACGCCAUAGUGCCGCUCAUUCUCGGCAUCGACGGCACGGAUUGGGCGCAAACGCUUCACGACGCCGUCGCGCUCGGCGCGAGCGCCGGUAUUCUUUCCACGUUUCUCUACAUCGUUCGUCACGGCGCGCUGUAUUACGCCCUCGGCAAGUGGCUUCUCGAGUGGAAUCGCCAACUCUUCGACGCCGACGUCGGUCCGUCGCCGGAGAAUGUAAAAUAUCGUUAAUCGCCUAGCC